CGUCUCCCUCCUCUGUAAACAACUGACGUUGAGUGUCAAAGCACAGAUAAACGCGAAACAGAAACUAAAACCAACUGCAGGAUGUCAGAAUGAAAGCGAAACGUGAAAGGAAAAAGGGUAUAAAAGACUGUCCUGCAUCCAGCACGUUUCUAGUCCACUCCUGACUGCUGAACAGGGAGCAGAUCUUACACUUCAGCUUAAAGUGAACCUCAGCAAGAGAAACUGCAACGAUGAGUUAUGGAGACAUCAACAGAGUUGAAGCUUCAGGUGCUUCUGAGAAGACCUCUCAGCAGGACAGACUGGGUUAUUUUGGGGUGAGGGCAUCAGAAACCAUGGCCCAAACGGAUUCUGGAAGAAUGAAUAAGUACAAAUCAAAAAUCAACAGAGUGGGAAGUCAGUCUGGUAUCGAUCCCGCCCUUAUUGCUGCCAUCAUCUCCAGAGAGUCCAGAGCUGGAAACGUCCUGCAUGACGGUUGGGGGGAUCACGGUAACGCCUGGGGACUCAUGCAGGUGGAUAUUAGACAUCACCGUAAGGAAGGAGACUGGGACAGCGAGGAGCAUCUCCGCCAAGCUACAGGGAUCCUUGUUCAUUUCAUCAAAAGGAUUCAGAACAAGUUCCCGAACUGGAGCAAAGAGCAGCAGCUGAAAGGGGGAAUAGCGGCCUACAACACGGGGGAUGGUAAUGUCCAUUCGUAUGAAAAUGUGGAUGAAAAAACGACUGGCAAAGAUUACUCCAAUGAUGUUGUUGCCAGAGCCAAGUGGUACAAAAGAAACGGUUUCUAAAGUCUGCGGCUGAUAAGCCAGAGUGUAUUCAGCGAAAAAGAAAAAAAUACUUUCAUGCAUGCAACCGUUUUAGAUUACUAUAUGCUUGAUCUACUGUAUGUCUCCACAGUGAAAUAAAUACCUUCAAUAAAAUUCAAUCCAUUUGUUUAAUACACAGAUUACACAGUUAUCUGUGUAUUGAAUAGAUUUUUAUUUAGUCGGAGCUAAACUGGUGGAAAAGUCAUGUUUAGAAUCAACAGCGUCCAUUAUUCCCACAGUGUUAAAUCUGAUGCGUAAAGAGAAAUUCAUGUUUUGUGCAGAAUGUUUUGCAUUUGUAAUCAAAUACUGCUGAAUAAAUUUUGAUAAAAUGGUAAACACUAAUUAUUGAAAUAAAUGUAACAAAAUGCAUAAUUUUCUCAUGUUGCAACCAAAUGCAAUUAACUGAAAACUGCAACAUUUUCAUGGUAACGGUUUAUUUGUUGACUUUAGGCUUGAUGACUUCACAAAAGACUUGGGAUUCAAUUUGCCACUAAUAUCUUCACUCAAACUUGAGCCUCUUGACCUGAAAACAGCUGAUAUCUUACACCAAACAGAAAGUACGUCAUUUAAGGGAAACUGACUCUCUCUUGUACUUUAAAUAAUAAACUCAUGUUAAUUUUC